UAGCGCAGGACCCCGCACGUGUCUCCUAGGCGACGGCAGCAUGCGGCGCCCCAACAUCUUGCUGACCGGUACUCCGGGUGUUGGCAAAAGCACCCUUGGCAAAGAGCUUGCAUCGAGGACAGGGCUGACCUACAUCAGCGUGGGUGAGCUGGCAAAAGAAGAAGAACUGUAUGAAGGUUUCGACGAGGAGUAUGAAUGCCCAAUUUUGGAUGAAGACAGAGUAAUUGAUGAACUAGAAGGCAAAAUGUGCGAGGGUGGAGUUAUUGUUGAUUACCACGGCUGUGAUUUUUUCCCUGAACACUGGUUUCAUAUAGUGUUUGUACUUCGUGCAGACAACUCAGUUCUGUAUGACAGGCUUGAAAGCAGGGGCUACAAAGGGAAAAAGCUACAAGACAAUAUUCAGUGUGAAAUUUUUCAGACACUUUAUGAGGAAGCUGUGUUGUCAUACAGAAAGGAAAUUGUGCACCAAUUACCCAGCAACACUCCUGACGACCUAGAGAGAAAUUUGGAUCAGAUCGUGCAAUGGGUUGAGCAAUGGACAAAGGACAACAAUUGACAACUGGAGAAAAAGCAACUGUUCUAGUUUUGAUUGGGAUAGACUUAAUUUUUUAAUUUUCUUCUUUUCAGCUUCCCAUGCUGCUCUGCCACCGUGGAUUGCAAAUAACAAAAUGGCUUGGUUUGGAAGGGGCUUACCUAGUACAGUGCUGUUCAGUAAACAGCUACCUGUUGGGUCCCUCUAUCUCAGCCGUCACCAGUGGUCUCUCUUUUGAUCAGCAUUCUCAUCAGCACUUCAGGAUUCUCAGGAUAAAAUAUUUCCUGACUCAUUUCUAACUCUGUAAUCUGGUACAGGGUUCCAGACCUAGCUUCUGUUUAUCAACCGAUUUAGCCAGACUCAAAAAUUCUGGCUUGCUUUCUGAGAUUAAGUCACGAUCUAUCUCUUGUUCUUUUUCUUCUAAUUUAGACUGCAAAACUUCUUCCUGAUCUAAUUCAUCUUCCAGUGCCACAUGAAGUUACUAACUAGUAGCUACUAACUAAGCUACUAACAUUCAGCAGCUAACAGGGUCUGUAUGCUUUUCAUUUAUUCCUGCAAGGAUUUAACCAUUUCAUCACUAGUUUAUCUAAUAAAACCUGUCUCUGGGCUGUCACCAGUGCUCCUCCCAACAAAGUAUGCACUGUGGCUUUUCUUUCUCUGGCCACAACUUUUGAUUUUUUUGCAAGUGUUGUGAUUCCUUCUGCUAUAGCUUUGGGAUUGUGCCAGUUGUUCAGAGCCCAAACCAUUCCCAGUGGGGAAGGGCAAACACUAUACCUUUUCAGAUUUCCAGUAAUGGGAGAAGUCAAACACCAGUGUUUCCUGGGCAACCAUGGCUUGCCACUGCUCAUACCUCUCCCAGUGUAUGGCCUUCAUGGCAUAUAGUUGAGAGAUUGCUUCCCAAGACUUCCCACCCACAGUAUCAGGUAUCUUCCAGCUUACAACUUUGCUGGCAGUUAGCAGGAUUGCCUCAUUUUGGAAGGUCUGAAGGCUACCUCUCAGCUACGUGCCAGCCUACCAUGGGCAGGGUUGCCAUUCAGCAGAUCAGGCUGCUCAGGGCCCUAUCCUUCCUGAUCUUGAACACCUCCAGGGAUGGAGGAUCCACAACUCUGAGCAGCCUCUGCCAGGGCUUUGCCACCUUCUGAGUGAAGAAUUGGUUCCUAUCAUGUAACCUAAAUUUUUCCUCUUUCAGUUUAGAGCCAUUCCUUUUGUCCUAUUACUAUUAAACCAUGUAAAAACCAAUCCCCCUCCUGGAGCCUUCGUGCUAAACAAGUCCUGUUUUCUCAAAAUUUUUUCAUGAGAGAGAUGCUCCAGCACCUCUGAUCAUGUGGUCCUGUUCUGGACCCACUCCAACAGCUCCACAACAAUUCUUUCUGUGCUGUGGCCCCAGGCUUGGACACAGUGCUCUAGAUGGGGCCUCACAAAAGCAGAGCAGAGAGGGACAAUCCCUUCCUUUUCCCGGCUGCCACUUAUCUGUUGAUGCAGCCUAGGAUAUAGUUGACCUUCUGGGCCUCAAAGGUACACUGCUGGCUCAUGUCCAUCUUUUUAUCCACCAGGACCCCAAAAUCCUCCUCUGCAGGGCUGCUUACAGUGAGUUCUUCUUCCAGUCUUUACCUCUGUCUGGGAUCACUGUGAUACAAAUACAAUUCCUCGUGCUUAA